CGCCCUCCCGCGUGGGUGCCGCGCCCUCAGCCCCGUGAGGUGGUGUCCAUGAUGUCACAGUGGCGUCAAGGAGUGGCCAUUGUGACGCGCGGGGCCGGGAGCAGAGCAAAGGCUGCGGGGCUGGGGCCGUGCUCAGUGCGGCCUGGCGAGGCGUGGAGAGAGCAGCGACUCUCUUGUUUCUCGUCGUCGAUGCCAAUCAUGUCCAAAGGGACGGAGGAGGCCCCCAACUCUGGGGAGCCAGUGUGCAUGCUGUGCCGCCGGGCACAGGUCAACCCGGACAUCUGCGGGCAGACAUUUGCCAACGGUGGGCUCUGUGCCCACCAGUUCUGCUUGUUCUUUGCCAAUGGCCUUUUGGAAUGGAGAAGCCCAAUGGGGGGUAUUUUUGGCUUCUCCAUUGAUGCCGUCCGGCGCACAAUCCAGCUGGCAGACCAGAAGCACUGCUUUGUCUGUGGCGGGAGGGGAGCUUCCAUCAGCUGCGCGGAGACCGGCUGUGAGCGCAGCUUCCACCUGCCCUGCGCCGAGGACGGGGAAUGCGUCACUCAAUACUUUGGGCAGCACAGGUCCUUCUGCUGGGAGCAUCGCCCUCGGCAGGCAGCGGAGGCAGCUCCAACGCAGAACACCGUCUGCGUCAUCUGCCUGGAGCCCGUGGGGGACAGCACGUCCUACCACACCAUGGUGUGCCCGGUGUGCAAACAGGCCUGGUUCCACCGGGGCUGCAUCAGGAAACAUGCCCUGCACGCUGCCACCAUGCGCUUCUUCUGCCCCGUCUGCGGAGGAAGAAGGCGAUUCCGAUCCCUAAUGACCAUGCUGGGGAUCCAAAUUCCAGUCAGACGACCAUCGUGGUGGGACGACGCAGCAUACCAGCCGCUGCGAGAAAGGCACAGGCGCUGCGAUGCCAGCAUGUGCAUCUACCUAGGAGGCAGGGAGAGGGCACAGGAAGAGGGGCGCUGGCGGCUGCUCCUUUGCAGCUCCUGUGCCGCAGAAGGCACCCAUUGGAACUGCUCCUUCUGGGCCAUGGGCAGACACGCCUGGGAGUGCGACACCUGCGCUGGUGCGGGCACCGCCUCCCGCACCAACUCUGAGCUUGCCAGCCCCAGCGCUUCCAGCCAGGAGCUACCAGUGCCCUCCCACAGCCUUUCGGGACCCGACAACACCAGCUCCGGUCCUGCUAGUCAGGCAGCACCCGGCCCGUCCUGCAACUCCCAGCUGCCUGAGCUCAGCGUCCAGCCCAGAGUGCCGGCGGCUGAGCAGGGUACCACCCGCUCACGUCCAUCUGAGGAGCGGGACACAUGUCAGCAGCGCCGAGGACGUGGUGGGAGGAGACGGGCACCAGCUGCAGGCGCUGAGACCUGCUCCCAGAGCCCUGCCAGACGGGGGACCGCACGGUCCUCCAGAACCUCCCUGGCAACUGAGCCCGCACAGCGUCCCAGGCAGCGGGGGGCCGGCCGCACGAGAAGCCGCUCCCCGUUGCAAGGCCGGGCCUCGGGCUCCCAGAGUCAGCCCCGACGACAUCGUGGCGGGAGCCGCACGACAGCCCGAGGUGCUCAGAGCAGCACCCGCACCUCGGCCAGACCAGCACCGCCGAGGUCCUCGAGGGCUUCCCCUCUGCCGGCACGCAGGAGACAAUCCAGGCAGCGAGGGCGGGCCCACACUCGAAGCCGAUCCCCAGUGGGGCGUCGCGCUUCCACUUCCCGCAGCCGGCCCCGAGGAGGCCGUGGGAGCCGGUCCAGGCAGCGGGGACCAGCCCGGGCACGAAGCCGCUCCCGGGCCCAACAUCACAGAAGACGUCCCCGCAGCCGGUCCCAAAGACGGCGCUGAAGCAGCCGCCGUGUUCCAUCCCCACGUGACAGCUGUGCUUCCAAGCGGCAAAGAAAACAAACCGUGAAGAGAGUCCACACAUACCGGCUUCAUUCUUCAGUGGACCAGCCCGGGCACAAAACCGCUCCCGGGUCCAGCAUCGGAGAAGACAUCCCCACAGCCACUCCCAAAGACAGCACGGAAGCAGCCGUGCCCCAUCCCCGCGUGACGGUUGUGCUUCCACGUGGCAAAUAAAUAAAUAAAAAAACCAUCAAACCUCAAAAUUACUCCCCACGUGUUGGCUUCAUUCUUCUCUGCUUGUCCUGCG